UGAGACAGAAUCUCAUUUAUUAGCCAGGGUUGUCCUGGAACUUACUGAGUUGCCCAGGUGAGGCUUGAACUCAUGGCCAGUCUCCUGCUUCAACUUUCCAAGUGAUAAGAUUACAGGCAUGACCCACCAGGCAUAGCCUAGUCUUGAUUUUUCAAAUAUUUUAUUCGACAUGUUUCUCUACAAAAAUGAUUUUUUUGGUCAUUUCCUUUAUUGUGCAUUAAUAGGCACACAAGUGACUUUAGGAAGCUGGGAGGGUCCCAGAAAACAACCCUCCGAUGAAUUAUUCUAGCACCUAAGGAACUCAGACGAACAUUCCCUUUUAAGAAAGAAAAUAUGCAUUACUGUCGAUCCAAAAGAAACCACUCAAAUAACUUAAAGUUUUCCUGGUUAACAAUGGGAAAACAUAAUAAAUCCAUGUGUUGUGGUUUUCCACCGGGCUGAAUCAUCACAUACCAUAAUUCUCUACGAACGUCUAAAGCACACCACACCAUGCACAUAUACCACAUGCAGACACACACACCCUAGACACAGAUGCACACACACAUGCACAUGCACACCACUUACAUACCACACACGUGCACACAAAUAUGAACACACCCUAGGCAUCCACGCAUGCACUUACACACUUGUUGCUUUUAGUGGAGGAACAGUCUCAGUUACUCUCAGAUGAAGCUAGUUCUUAUUUAUAUUCCUGUCUGCCCCAGUGUAUGGCUUCAUAAGAAUUUAUUCUUCAUUUCAUGCGCAAAAGACUGCCCUAAUCCCCCUCUUUGGCCACUGGAGUAUGUCCAGAACUUUUAAGCAGAAAAGGGCCUUUCUUCCUUGAUCCCAAGCCAGAGUCGAAAUGAAUCUUAGAGGACUUAAAUGGCCCCGCAUCCCCGCGUCACCACCGACUUCUCGUUCAAAGGGGUACUUUGGGCGCCAGGUGGAGUUAUAAUUAUAGAUUAGAAAAAAGCAGCAUCAGCAGCUGUCCCUUGUGUUUGUUCCCGGCUAUAACUGUCAUCAGUGGGCAAACUGGCAUAAACAGGCCUCAGCAAGUGGAAAAACAUUUAACCCUGGACUCGCGACGCGCUGGAACCUCGCAGCAGCCAGAGACCAGGCGGAAGCCUGACGGUCCCGUGCGUGAAGGCUGGAACCCGGGAGCACACGGACCUGAAGACGCCUCUGCAGGGAGAGACUGACAUUUUGAAGAUUUCCCUUCCCGUGGGAGACUCCAAAGGAACAGAACAAAACUAUCCGAGAUGACUGUCACUUACUCCAGUAAAGUAGCAAAUGCAACUUUUUUUGGAUUUCAUAGGUUGCUCCUCAAGUGGAGAGGCAGCAUCUACAAGCUACUGUACAGGGAGUUUAUUGUUUUUGCUGUUCUUUACACAGCAAUCAGUCUGGUGUACAGAUUGUUACUUACAGGAGCCCAAAAACGUUACUUUGAAAAAUUAUCAAUUUACUGUGACAGAUAUGCUGAGCAAAUUCCAGUAACCUUUGUGCUUGGGUUCUAUGUCACUCUGGUAGUGAACCGAUGGUGGAACCAGUUUGUGAAUCUGCCUUGGCCGGACAGGCUCAUGUUCCUCAUCUCCAGCAGUGUCCACGGGAGCGACCAGCAUGGGCGCCUGCUCAGAAGGACGCUGAUGCGCUAUGUCAACCUCACGUCCCUGCUCAUCUUCCGCUCCGUGAGCACAGCGGUGUACAAAAGGUUUCCGACCAUGGACCACGUGGUCGAAGCAGGUUUUAUGACAACAGAUGAAAGGAAAUUAUUUGACCACCUCAAAUCACCGCAUCUGAAAUACUGGGUUCCGUUCGUCUGGUUUGGAAAUCUUGCCACGAAAGCCCGGAAUGAAGGUAGAAUCAGGGACAGCGUCGACCUACAAUCAUUGAUGACCGAGAUGAACCGGUACCGAUCUUGGUGCAGCCUCCUGUUUGGCUACGACUGGGUUGGCAUUCCACUGGUUUACACACAGGUGGUCACUCUCGCCGUCUACACAUUCUUCUUCGCAUGCCUGAUUGGACGGCAGUUCCUGGAUCCCACCAAAGGCUACGCGGGGCAUGACUUAGAUCUGUACAUUCCAAUCUUCACUCUCCUCCAGUUCUUCUUCUACGCAGGAUGGCUCAAGGUUGCCGAGCAGCUGAUCAACCCUUUUGGAGAAGACGAUGACGAUUUUGAAACAAACUGGUGCAUCGACAGAAACCUGCAGGUCUCUCUUUUAGCUGUGGAUGAAAUGCACAUGAGCUUACCCAAGAUGAAGAAGGACAUUUACUGGGAUGAUUCUGCCGCGCGGCCACCGUACACCCUGGCAGCUGCUGACUACUGCAUCCCCUCGUUUCUGGGCUCGACGAUCCAAAUGGGGCUGUCCGGGUCCGAGUUCCCCGCGGAGGACUGGCUGUGGAACUAUGAGAAGCAGGGCCACCGGCCCUCGGUGAUGAGGAGGGUCAAGCGCUUCCUGAGUACCCACGAGCACCCCGGCAGCCCCAGGAGGAGGACUUUCGGCAGGCAGGCCAGCGACAGCUCCAUGUUCUUCCCCCCGAGCCCAGCUCGGGAUCUGCUGGACGUGCCCUCCCGAAACCCCCAGCGAGCCUCACCCACCCGGAAGCAACCCCAAUCCCGAGAGGGCAGCCCUAAGCUGCAUUCCAGCAUGGGAGAACUGUCCACCAUCAGGGAGACCAGCCGCACCAGCACUUUGCAGAGCCUGACCCCGCAGUCCAGUGUGAGGGCCUCCCCUACCAAAAUGCCCCGGGUCCCUGAGGUCCUGAUCACAGCGGCUGAAGCCCCCGGGACCUCGUCAGACAGCCAUCACCAAGACUCUGCUACCUCCAUCCUGAGCCUCGAGUUCACUGGGGUGCAGCCAAGCAGGACUAAACGGCAGGUAGACCCCUCAGGGAAGGCGACGCCACCCGGGGACCCCAGUCCCCAGACUGUUUCAAUCAGUACCGAAAGAGACCUGUUCAAGUUCGAGGAAGACCUGGAUGAUGACAGAUUCCCACAAAGGUGGAGCCUUCCGGAGUUACGGGACUCGCGGCACACCUCCCUGGGAAACUUAGGUCCAGAUCCUGUGAACCCCAGGCCUGCCCUCUUACUUGAUACAGAAACAUCCUCCGAGACCAGCGUCACCCAUCCUGGGGCUGGUCCUAGGGUCUCUCCUGACGUCCUGUUCUUAAUGGAAAGCUUGGACACGAAAGAAACCGACAUCCUGGAGUUUAACAGUGAGCACCCUGAAGAAUCCCCGAAGGGAACGCCACAGCGCCCCAGGACCUGGUUCUAGCUCACCAGCCCGGGGACACCCCUCCAGGAGCUGGCCAGUGUUUAGCAACACGAUCCUACUGUACAAGCUACUCAGAACUCUGAAGGGCAUUAUGAUCCUGCAAACCUCGAACACAACCACAUCGUCUAGCGCAAAGGGGCUUUCACGGAAGUUGUGUGGCCCCAAAUGAAUCCUCAUAACCAAAUAAGGGAUCCCAUAUAAAUGUACAUGGCUUAUACAUCCAUACAUGAUUAGCUUUGGAAAGGACCAUACAGAUCAUAGUCCAAUCCCCUAGAAGCAAAGGCCCAGACACAAAAGGUCCCGUUUCUUUCCUGUUUCCUCCCUUACCUCUCUUCCUUUAGCCAUAGAGACAAGGCUAGACCAUGCCAUGCCCAGAGGCCCUUCCACUUAUAGUUAUUUAACUGGAUCUUCCUGACCACCUCACUCCCGCUUCCGAUAACUAUUAUUAGCACUUUCCCUAACUCUUGAACUUCCUCUGCUUCAGAAAGCUCCCUUCCUCUUCAAUUGACUAUGUCUACCAUCUGGUCUUCCUUUUCCUUCUCUUCCUCUUUAUUCUCAUACAUCUUUCCUCUGCCCUUUUCCCGGGUCUAGGUCCUCCAGUGACUCUAAUCUGUCCCUCUUUCCAGGUUAUAAUAGCUUCCCUUUCCAACUCUGUUGCUUACUUCCCGUCACGGUGUUCACACUAUGAGACACUGGUAGUGACCGGUACAGGAAUCUAACACACCCAACCCCCCAUGCUUCCAGCCUUGCUGUAAGAGGUGUAUGUGUGCUGACGGUAUCCACCAUCCCAAACCUGCUGCUUCCGCUCCUUCAUGUUGGACUCCAGAGAAGACCGAAUCAAAGAGGAUAUGAGAUCCGCACAGCCAAGGGCUACCCCACCAAAGGAUGACAUGGUCAGAGAAGACUGAUUCUAAGAGGGUAUGAAAUCCACACAGCCAAAGGCUACACCACCAAAGGUUGACAUGGUUUGGAUCUACUGAACUCAUACACAGUCUUAAGCAAAAACACUCCAAUUGUGUCACAGCGUGGGACCAGUAGGAGACUGGAGCGGUGUGGAUACUAUAGGGUCCAUGGCCGCAUGAUGACAACAGACUCUUGCCAACUUCCUUUCAGAAGCUCUUAGGUUAUGUUUCGCAAGCUCCCAGCUUUGAAAGGGCUUUGCCUUUCCAAGUGCCAUCUUUUCUACCUGUCCUGUAACGAAACUUGACAUGUGGCUUCAGAAGCAAGAAACCCUAACAGCGACCACGGGUUGGCUGUCUCGGUGCCCCAUGCAGCCAGAUCUGAAGUCCACAUGCGAGUUCACAAUCCUUGAAGGAGUCCUAUGAGACCGACAGACCAUCAGCUCCACUUUAAAGAUGAAAACAGAGGCGUUUCCCGAGCUCACCUAGCCAGGCUUAGCUGCUCAAGAACCCCACACGUCCUCGCUGUGGCACAGGAGGGCCUUGAAUCUGCUAACGAUUUGCACCAAAUUCUGGAGGAUGCUUCAAGGCGGCUAAUCACAGGUUUAUGCCAAACCUCCUCAGCCUUGGAGACAUCUCUGGAUCCGCCCAAAACAGUUUUCAGUCACAGAGGCGAGCAGCUUUUUGUCUCUGGGGGCCAAUAGCCAUGGUCCUCUCCAGGUCGUUAUAGAAGCUGGCAGGAACGUCGUAUUCCUUCCCCCACUACAGAGUCCUGAUGUGCUGUGUUCUAGUGACCACAUUCACACAAAAGCUCAAAUCUCAGUGGGCCUCUGAAGGGGCAAAAAGCAAUGACCCCUGCCUUAACAGGCUUUUCUUGAAGGACUAACAUGGUAUGUUAGUAGAGGAAAUGCUGCACAUGCAUGGUCCUCUAUGCUGACCCACACCAUCAACUCCCAAGAAAGGACUGUAAUCCCCAAACCAUCCCAGACAGACAGACGAUGGGCUCAAGCCCCCCUGUGUUUCUAAAAGGCCAGAAUGACCCUUUCCCAGACAUCAUUGUCUAAGCCCCCCACACACACACACACACAUCUUCUCUUUGGCUCGAUCUAUUCCCUCAAAUACAAGUUAGGUUUCUACUGAGCUGUCUUUGAAGUAUAAUCAAUUUUCACUCUUAAACCCGAAGUUAUCAACUACGCACUGAAAAAUAAUUUUAUGGAGAAAUGGGAAGGGGUUCAUUUGUCUAUUCCUGGGCCCCUCUUCUCCACCUUUAUUCAUGAGAAUUAUUUAAGCUCCUCAAUAUUUCUUCACAUUUUGAGAUGGCCUCCCGUUUUCUUCUCACGCUGAAAACUGAACUACGACUCGCCCACUGAGCCCAAAUGAGGAGAUUUUUCCAUUCUAAAACGAGUCUUUACCCUGCAGGGCCAGGGCUGCAAAAAUAAAGGAUUUAUUCUCUUGUGCCCGAUUUUUCACCUCUUGAGCUCUAGAAAAUUCCACCUGUCAGACAAACAGUCUUAUGUCUCCGUGGCUUAGUCUUCAGGGUUUGACCAAUACAAGAACAGGCUUUUCCUGGUCGUGUGUUAACCUAAUCUGCAUGUGAACACAAGAUCUUACCUCUAAAAUCCAAACCCAAACAAGCAAACAACAACAAAACCUUGAAAAAGAAGAGGGCAGGCAGUCUGGCAGGAAGUUGAAUAGAUACAUGUCCUUCCAACCAUCAGGUUCUUAUCUACAGAAUGGGCUACUUUCUCGAAGGUUUCACAGCCUUUAUUAGUCAUCAUGAGCAUUGAAGGGCAAGGUUGGGGACCUCAGAUUGUCCUGUGUGACCAAGAGGCAUGACUCUGACUGGUGCUCCAAGGAGUCAUCGCAGACUUCUCCUCUCACUACGAUUAUCUGUGCUUCAGAGUCCCCUUUGUCUCUGGGAUUCUGAUCUCUUUCAUUUAGGAAGAUCUUCUCCUAACAGUCACAGGAUUAAGCCCCUGACAUAUUGACACAGCGAACCCCUCAUUCACUCACUCAGGAAUCCCAUAAAAACACUAAACUGGAAGCCAUAAAAG